UGGUACCUACCUUUCGCAGUUUCGCCACUUCGAGUCGCUCCAGGCCUGCAGCCGCCGUUGCUCACCCUCUUCCGUCCUCCCCCUCCGGCGCCGGCGUCCUUUUCCUCGCUCCACCGCCCCAUCCCCUCACCUCCUCCUCCUCUUGAAUCUAGGAGCCAAUGAACAACCUCGAGUGACGCCCACUCCACCGCAGUAAUAUGGCUUCGCCGGCGGGUCUCCGCCCCGCCUCGCCGCCGGCGAUACCCGGAGCCGCGGCGGUGGCGGCGUGCGCCGCCAUGGCCGUAUCCUACGUCGCUGUCCUCUACGCCCCGACGGUCAUCCUCCGCUUCCCGCCGCCGACCUCGCUCCGCGCCUUCCUCCACCGCCGCUUCGCCUGCGCCGCCGUCGCCUCGACCGCCUCCGCGCUCGCCACAGCGGCGCUCCUACGGGUCUGGAGCCUCGGCGACUUUGCUGAUAUGCUCGCGGUGUUUGGCAUUAGGAAGGAUCACUUGCUUCAGGCAGUGGCAAUUCCACUUUUCCUUACAUCCCUAGUGUAUGCUGGGUCGUUCGUCAAUAAACUCUGGCCUCUUGCGAGCUCGUGGGGCGGAGAUGGUGAUGAGGCGGGGAUCAGCUCCGCCCAGAGGCUUGUUCUUCGGAUCCAAGCCGCCCUUGAUGAUGUAAUGGUGUGGCGGAACUAUGUAGUGGCACCAUUUACCGAGGAGCUGGUUUUCAGGGCGUGCAUGAUACCACUUCUUUUAUGUGGUGGAUUCAAAAUGUCUACAAUUAUUUUUUUGAGUCCAGUCUUCUUCAGUCUAGCACACUUAAAUCAUUUGUUCGAGCUACAACAGCAAGGAUGCAAUUUUAUGAGGUCACUACUGAUUGUAGGUGUCCAGUUAGGCUACACUGUAAUCUUCGGGUGGUAUGCAGCAUUUUUGUUCAUUCGAACAGGGAAUCUGUUGUCUCCUAUUGUUGCUCACGUCUUUUGCAAUAUGAUGGGUUUGCCUGUUUUUUCGUCACCACGGACAAAAGGAGUGGCGUCGGUAGCACUUCUGGCUGGUUCAGUAUGUUUCUUUUGGCUCCUUUUCCCUGCAACAAGUCCUGAACUGUACAACACUAGGUUAGAUCGUUGCAGGUGCUGGCAUGGUUUUUGUAAUUGGAGAUAGUGCAGAACUAGAUGGAGAGCAAUGGAUCCUGAGCCUGACUUUCAGCUACUAACCAGUGAAACACUAAGCUGAUAGCAGCCACUGCUGGCAGGUUUUUCAUUUAUUUUUCAUUUCAGUGUUCCAUACUGUUGUUGUAAAACAUUUUUGUAGAUAUUGUUCCCUUGUUGUGGGCUAAGAGAUUAGACUUGCAGAGAAUUCCAUUUCAUCACUUGUUAAAUACUUACCAAUGAGAAAAUCGCUGAGUCA